AUUCAUCAAAAGUAAGUCGUAGGAAGAGCGUAUAAUAGGUGUAAGAUAAAUUGCAAUGAGCACCAAAUUUGUUAAAGAAUCGUAGUUUAAAUUUACUUAAAUACGAUUGUUUCAGCUGCGUUUUAGUGUGAAUUUUCUAAUUUAUGCAUAUUGGGUGCUUAGAAUAUUUAAAACAAAAUGCCUAGACAGCACGGGAAUAGACAGGACACAUGGGUUCAAAAAGAUGAUCGUUACUCCCGUGCUGAUAGAGACAGGAGAGUCACUUUCAAGCAAAAUAACAGGCAUGGGGGGAAGAAUAAAGGUAGAGACUGGAGUGGAGCUCUACGGGAACAUCUGCAAGAUGAAGAUAUUGAUAUGGGAUUUUCUGCUGGAUCUAGCAAAACAAACCGUUACAACAAUGGGGGAAGGAAAGGAAGAAAAGGUUCUCCUAUGCCGACGGGCAAUGUCAAAAGAAAGUUGUUAGAAGGGCCUACCAAUUGGUAUAGGGUUUCGCUACCACAUGGAGAUAAAUAUGAAAAGAAUUUUCUCCUCAAGCUCUUUGUGGAUAAACUAGCUCCUUUGCCUUUCUGGCCAAUUGCGUGGCAAGUCUAUGGAAGUACUGUAAUGUUUUACGUGGAUGACUUCAAAGUUGCAGAGAAACUCUUCAAUCUCAGCCGUACAGUUCAAAUGCCAAACGGAUUCAAUCUCAUUAUUAGAGUCCAUCCUGGUUGUCCUAAUGUGGAUAUGACUCCGUCUGUAAAAGAAAAAAUGAAGUUGGUUAUGGCAAAGCGAUACAAUGAUGUAACAAAAGCACUGGAUUUGAAACACCGUUGCAAUUUUGUAUUGAACAGUGAAUUUACCAUAAUUUUGAACAUUUGUCUUGACAUAAUCUAUGUUCUGUGCGAGUGUUCCCAGGAUGAACGCUUUAUAACACGUUGGCCUCCAUGGCCUGCACCCUUUUCUGUCUACAGCGAAGUUCGGAAGAGGUUCCCCAAGUGUUUGAAACUGGACGGACAAGACCUCCCUCCCCCCAUCAGUUUUGACAUAGUGGAGGAACACCACUUACCUGCACCUUGUCCGAUGUAUCUGUGCCACGAGGAUGGUAAUGUAAUUGUGCGCCAAUUCUUGCAGCAGUAUUUUCAAAUCUACGAUUCGGACAACAGACAACCUCUGCUGCAAGCUUACCAUGAACAUGCCUCAUUUUCGUUUACCAUGGGGUAUCCUUAUGGGUACGGUAAAGAGAAAAAUGUGCCUUGGUUGAAUUGGUAUCAAACGGACAACAGAAAUUUACUAAGGGUGCAAGAUUCUGACAGAAGGUUCAAGCUGCUGAAGCAGGGUCAGUUGGCUGUGGUUUCCUUUCUACAGGAUAUGCCUAAUACCAAACAUGAUAUGCACAGUUUCACUGCGGAUUUGACAUUAUUUACGCCUUUGAUGUUAUGCCUGACAGUGACUGGGAUGUUCAAAGAACUGAAAGGUUCCCAGAAAAAUCCUCCUCUUCGAUAUUUCUUCAGAACUCUCGUCAUUGUUCCGGCUGGUACAGGAUUUUGUAUAUCAAAUGAAGUACUCUACGUUACAAACGCAACACCUGAUCAAAGUGUGAUUCCUGAUGAUGCAAUGAAACAGGAAAUGGUCAAACAGAUGUCACUACAGUCUGGAAUGAAUCUGGAGUGGUCGUUGAAGUGCCUGGAAGAAACCCAAUGGGACUACCAAAAAGCUAGUUUAGUUUUCCAAAAAUUGAAUUCAGAAGGGAUUGUGCCUCCAGAAGCUUUUGUAAAAUGACAAAUUGACUUUAUGUACCUUCCAAUGUAAAUUAAUAUCGGUUAGUUUCUUUAUAGGUUUUAAUUUCUUUCAAAAAUUAAUAUAAAAUAAAAAUACCAGGAAUGUGUUAGUACAACAGUAUGCAGUACAAAUUUUAUACUGCAUAGUGUUGAGUUAUGUAUUGUAUAUUAUUUCAUGGUGAAAUGCUCAUGCUCAUUCUUUAUAAUCUAUAUAUUAUGAAAAAGGGUUAAUUAUGCUCGCUUUCCGUAUCUCGAAAUGGAACAUUUUUGUUCGGCAAAAGUAAAUUCUGUAAUAUACUUCAAAUUUUAGAUAGGUAUGCGCAAAGUACCAAUGAAACUGGUCAAAAAUUGUUAUUGUAUUUUGAUGUUUUUCCAAUUGAAAAUAUAUAACAAAUUUUGACCAAAGCAUCUUAUAUUAGUCGAAGGAAUUCAAGAAGUAUCAUUUGAAAAAAUACUGUUUUUUUUUGUAUACUUUACAAAACAACAUUUUUGGUGAGGUGACUUUCAAUAUUUUGUUUCUCUAUGCAUCUAUUAGUGUUUCUGCGAACGGGAAAUCUGUCG